UUUCAUUUGAAAUUUUAACUGAAUUAAUAAUAGCAAUCAAAAAUGUCAGAGACAAAGAUAUUCUCGAAUUGUUUUGUGAUAUUAAUACUGUUAGAACGUUGUGUUUGCCUUACGGUGUACGAUUUAAAUUAUGCAAGUUCAAAUCCGUUCGGUGACAGCACAACAUAUCAACAAAAUGAACAAAAAAACGAUGCAGCACUGUAUCGAUUUGGAUAUAAAGUGAACGCAAUUGAAACUGGUGACAUGAAACAACAUAUCGAAACGAGACUAAAAAAUGAAGUGAAAGGUUCGAUUUAUGUGAUCGAACCGAAUGGAGUCAGUCGAUAUGUUCAAUAUGUGGCAAAUUCAAAUGGAUUUAAUGCGAUUGUUCGACAACAAUUUGGUUCAAAAUAUUCCAAAAAUUUUAGUUCGAAAAAUGCAAUUCAAACAGUGAUAAACAACAAAAUUCAACCGUAUCUACAAAGCAAAGCGGAAUUUGAUGGAUUUCCACGUGUAGAAUUUGAACAAAGCGGAAAAUAUCCUCAUCAUCAAAGCGAUUUUACCGAAAUGUCGGCGAAUCGUUUGGAUUCAAUUGAAACAUCAACAAAGCAAGCCAUCACAAGUAGACAACAAUACCAAGUUAAUGAUCCAGAAGUCGAUAUUGAUAUUCGCCGCUCAGUUCCAAUGAUAUUUCUGGACUUGCAAAAGUUGAAAAAAAGCAGAAAGCAAGAAACAAAGAAUAAUAACUAAUAAAUUUGUGCAUUUUUUAGUCCGCCACUUGAAAAAAUGUUACAUUUUUGUAUCUUUAAACAU